AUGUCCGGUCUGCUUGACGACUCCUUUGGCGACGGCCUUAUGAGUGGAACCUUCCGCUGGACAUCUGCUAAGGUUCUUCCUCCCCUUCCUCCCUUUCCGAAGCCGCCACUGAAGGUGGAGACUAUGAAAGGCUGGGGGAGGUUCUUAGAGACCAGAGACCCGUCGGGCAGUCUCACCACCAUCGCCAAGUCAGAUUCGUCCCUCCUUGACGGCCUUACCUUCCCGGUGACGAUGGCGUAUGUCCUACAGAAGUUUGGGGGGUGCAGGCGAGAGCUAGAGGAGGAGGAGGAGGAGGAGGAGGCGGGAGACGACCACCAGUGCAAGCGUGACGGAACGCGGGGAAGGAAUGCAGGAGACAACGAAACCGGGUUGGGAGAGGCGACGGGGAGAAAGAAGCUGAAUCUGAUAGUGCUGGGAGCAUCGAAGAAGGCAGAAGAAAGGAUCCUGUGGGACACCAAGUACUGGCAGGAGGUCGCCUAUCUCUUUCCCCAUCACGAUCUGCACUUGUUCCUCAUCGGUCCCGAGAUCUCUUCGACCAAGUCGCCUCAAGAGAUCAAGAGGAGGGUCGACAUGCCGUCAAACUUCACGGUCGAGCUUCUUCGCUUGCAGCCUCCCUGCGCCAGCAAGUUUCUAAGUCAGCAUCCCGAGCUCGACAGCGCCAACAGCAUGUUCUUCACCUUCAACGGCGGGUUCGGGAGCUUCGUGGAGACGGGGGACAUGCAGCUGCUCAAGAGCUGGUACCCUGACCUGCUGCGAGUGAGCGAGAGCGGCAUGAAAGCAGCCUUCACUUGCGCCAACGACUACAUCGACGUGGUGGGAGAGAUGCGAGUGCAUGAGGAGAUGAUCAAGUCCAGGAUCGUUGCUGUGCCCCAGCUCAACCCGUACCACUCUGGGAGCACCUUCGUGGGAGAGGCGGGGAAGGAGGGGAGCUGGUUCAGUGGGAACUACUGUUUCUACGUGAUACAGGGUCGGGAACGAUCAGAUGACAGGGAGGAGCGGAAUGAGGAGGAUAGGGAGGGAGAAGAGGCUGAGUCUGGGCACUGUUUGGGAGCAAAGGGGCAGGAUGGUGGCGGAAGUCAAAGGCAAGGUGGAGAGACUGAACUGAACAAGUCCAACGAAGAGAGCGGGAAGGAAGAGGAAGAACAGGAGACUGGGGGGAAGGACAAGGAGAUUGUGGACGGAGGAACCGAAGGGAGUGAGGAAGUCGGGGUGGAGGAGGUGGAGGAGGUGGCAAACGUGGACAGCAUUGUCGACUACGAAUUCCAGCAUGAAGUGCUGGAGGGAGGAGAACAAGUUCUCAUCAUUGUCAUUCGAUUCAAUGAGGAUACAUCCAUGCAGCAUCUCGACCUUCAGGUCCCUCCUCCUCGCCCUUGA